AUGUCUGGAGAAACCCCCCGCGACAAGCAGGAGUUGCAGCUCAAGUGCAACGAUGGCGGCAUCGUCCGCGUCGAGCUGCCUGUUGCCGAGCGCUCCAUACUCCUCAAGAACCUGAUUGAGGAUCUGGGUCUUGAGGCCGCCACCACUCAGCCCGUCCCUCUCCCCAACGUCACCCAACCUGUCCUUGAGAAGAUUGUUGAGUGGUGCAAGCACCAUCGCAACGACCCUCUGCCCACCCAGGACGACGACUCCGAGUCCCGCAAGAAGACCACUGAGAUCGACGAGUGGGAUCAAAAGUACAUGCAGGUCGAUCAGGAGAUGCUCUUCGAGAUCAUCCUUGCUGCCAACUACAUGGACAUCAAGGCGCUCCUUGAUGUCGGCUGCAAGACAGUUGCCAACAUGAUCAAGGGCAAGUCUCCUGAGGAGAUUCGCAAGACAUUCAACAUCACCAACGACUUUACCGCCGAGGAGGAGGAACAGAUCCGCCGUGAGAACGAGUGGGCUGAAGACCGCUAA